AUGGACGCGACUUCUUCAUUAGACUGCCCGGCGCGUCAUGGCGCUCACUUAUCCCUAUCCGAGCACACGGCCUUAAACGUUGUUCGUGGAAUCGUUCGUGAAUGCUGUAAUUCAGUGAGCUAUGGAUCGGCGCGUGCUUUAGGCCGCGCUUUGGCCGAAAAGCAACUGCUCGUGACGGUUCGAACCAGCCUUCCCAAUGGAUUCCACAGCUUGAGACAUCAAUAUCUUCUCGUUCAAACGCAAUUUGGCGGUGCCGCCAUCGUCGUCGACUUAGAAUUCCGAGACCGAUUUCAUUAUACUGGUCUCCCAGGCGGAACUUAUGCUGCAUGCGUUACCGCGCUUCCGCAGCUAAUGAUCGGCACGAUGGCGUCAGUCACCGCCAUCGUCAGCCUGAUGGCGGACGCCUUGGAACGGGAAGCUGCGGUUAAGCGCCAUGACCUGCCGCCAUGGCGCACCAGGCACGCGGUGCUGGCCAACUGGCUACCGGAAUGCUUCACUGAUGAUGUGUAUGCCCCACCUGGUGCCGCUCUACACCCAGUCCUCCUCCACACCAGCCACAUCCAACCACAUCGAGCCUCUACCGCCUUCCAAGCUUGGAGCCCUGCAGCUCUCCCUACCGCUGUUCCUCCGCCUCCUGCGGCAGCUGCUGCUGCUACUGCGGGUGCCGGUCAAGCUCUGGAUACAGUUCCGGCAGCUGCGGGCCUUGCCGGGAGUGUGGGUGGGCUUGAUGACGGUGCAGCUACAGGUGCACAUGAGGACAUGGACGGCAGCUCGCUUCACAAGGCCCAUAGGUUCAAGCGGAAGGCCGAGCAUACGGCAGGCAUUGGCUUGCCGACCAAGUCCCGCUCGUUCACAUCGUCGCCAAGUAUGAUACACGGCCCUCUGGGCGACACCUCCCCCAGCAGCGAGAGCAGCAGUGGCAGCUGUGACGGCAACGGCGGGGUCGGAGUGUACGGCGGCUGUGGUGGUGGCGCCGUGUGCGGUAACGAGUCUAGACCCUGUGACGCCGCCGACAGCGCCGCUGCCGCUGCCGACAGCAGUAGCAGCAACAGCUGCUGCCGUCCAGCUGCACCGAUGCCGUCACUCCAGCUGCGGAUGAAGUCCGUGCGAUUACCCCCGACCGUUGCUGGCGGGGGGUCGUGA